UACUUUCGAGAGCACCUCUACCAGGAAUUUUUGAACGCCACGUGCAAGGAAACCUUUGCAUAUGCUGACAAUAAUCAGCGAGACAAUCUGACAGCGAUCGCGUUCUUGAGUGGACUUUACCCGCUUUGCAAGGAGCUUGUGCCGAGCACCAAGGAGACCGAGCUAUUGUUCGAGCAGGGUCAGGAUCCUACCACCAACUGCCCUGUGUGUUCGAGGGCCGGAAUAACGGGAAGUAACGACACGAGAUUCGUGCUUCAAGAGAUCCGUGACGAGGUGGCAGAAGUCGACGAGCUGUUGCAGUGUUGCGCGCCUUCAGUCUGCGACGCCAAAGACAAGUCUGACAACGCGUCCGAGAGCUCCGCAACGUGUGACCUGUUUGACAUCCCCACGACGUGGAAUGGGGCAUUUUACUUGCCCUGGAAAGACACUCUUUCCAACGCCGACUAUUUCUCAGAGUGGUUGCUCCUGCAGAGUCUCAACAACAUGAGCCUACCUGCCGAGCUGACAUUUGAAAAGAUCUUAUCUUUGGCGAAGAUCCACGAGGUUUGGCCCAUGUUGUUGGUCUAG